UCGUUUAAAUGCUCAAAGAGCUCAUGAUUUACAACAACAUUUCCUUAAAUACCAUCACAACUACUCCAUUGACAUACAGAGAUCGAAUAACAUUUGAAUUUAGUGUACAUGGGACUUGUGUCGUGUUUAAUCUCUUCCUAUGCAUAUUUUUCAUAUGUCGUCCACAUCUUUUAAGGACUUUUAAACCAACAAUAUUCUUUGUCACCCUUGGCACAUUUGUCCUAUCACUCCCAUUAUUUUUCCUCCAAUUCUAUUUAGUAGUAUUCCUAUGGUCACUUGUUGAACCUCGAUACACAAUAGCUGUGUGUACUCUGGUCAAAUGUAUUACAAGCUCAACAACGUCAUGUGCACAGGUACUACCAUUGGCAGUCGCAAUAUACCGAUACUUUAUUGUUGUCCGAAAUAAAAAAAUGCCUUCGUGGUUUGUAGUCGUGGUACAUUCAAUUAUUUCAUUUAUAUUUUUUGUGAUUGCUAUAUUAAACUUCCCAUUGGGUGAAUUUGAAACGAACGAUCAAUGUGCUGUACUACGAUUCAGUAAAGCAAUGGAGGCAGUUAGGAUAUCGCUAACAUUGGGACUUAAUUUAUUUGCUGUUUUCAUUAAUGUUGCAAUCUACACUUUUGUGAAAAAAUAUGAUAAACGGAAUGUUGAUGUUCAUCGUCGUCGUGUCCAAUUGACAUAUUCAAUGCUUCUCCAAUCAAUGAUACCAAUUCUAGUUUCAAUUCCAUUACUCGUUGGAUCUUUUGAUUUCUACUUUGGAUAUACCCUUCCGUCUGGCUUCACGUCUCGCUGGUAUGCAACAACAUUUCUUUCUCCCUUGCUGACACCAAUCUCUUCAAUGCUUUCACUUCGAACAAUUCGCCACGAGUUACUCUCCAUUAUUUUGAGCUCUUUUUUAUUCACCGGAACUCGGAAAAUAUCAAAUUUAGUUACUAAAACAAGCAAAACAAAUGUGGCUCCACAUAGUUCUGAUUAUUCUUCAGCAUAGUUAAUGUUGUUUUUUUUUCUUCCU